GCUGAUGCCGCGGCAGGGUUGAUCGCCCUCCCCCGAGGCUGCUGCCGGCGGCGCCCCUCCCCUGGCAGCUCUCCCGGGCUCUGCCCAGUGCCGGGAUCGCUCCUCGUCCAGGCACUUCGCUCGCUUCCAUCGCAGGGGCCGCGCUCUACCGCACGCAACCAGAAGGAGCGGGCUGGGCGUCUCUGUCUCUCGUUUACCCCCGAUCUGAGCCUCGCCUCGCCCCCUCCUCCUUCUUCCGCCCGCCCGCUCGCGCACCCGCCCCUCCUUCCCCCGCUGCCAGCCGGAGCCGAAGCCGGAGCGGAGCCCAGGCGGCUUAUUGCGGAGUGAAGCUGCAGCCGCGAUGGCCACGACCGUGACCUGCACCCGCUUCACCGACGAGUACCAGCUGUACGAGGAAAUUGGCAAGGGGGCUUUCUCAGUUGUGCGACGCUGUGUCAAACUCUGCACUGGACACGAAUAUGCAGCAAAGAUUAUCAACACCAAGAAGCUCUCAGCCAGAGAUCAUCAGAAGUUGGAGCGAGAAGCUCGAAUUUGCCGUCUCCUGAAGCAUUCCAACAUUGUUCGCCUCCAUGAUAGCAUAUCUGAGGAAGGCUUCCACUACCUCGUCUUCGAUCUGGUCACGGGCGGGGAACUCUUUGAAGACAUCGUUGCCAGAGAAUACUACAGUGAAGCUGAUGCAAGUCAUUGCAUCCAGCAGAUCCUGGAGGCUGUUCUCCAUUGCCACCAAAUGGGGGUCGUCCACAGAGACCUCAAGCCGGAGAACCUGCUUCUGGCCAGCAAAUGCAAAGGAGCGGCAGUGAAGUUGGCAGACUUUGGCUUGGCAAUUGAGGUGCAAGGAGACCAGCAGGCCUGGUUCGGCUUUGCGGGCACUCCUGGCUAUCUCUCUCCUGAAGUUCUACGCAAAGAAGCUUAUGGCAAACCUGUGGAUAUCUGGGCAUGUGGUGUUAUUCUGUACAUCUUACUGGUUGGGUAUCCUCCUUUCUGGGAUGAGGAUCAGCACAAGCUGUAUCAACAGAUUAAGGCCGGAGCCUAUGACUUUCCUUCUCCUGAGUGGGACACAGUCACCCCUGAAGCAAAAAACCUCAUAAACCAGAUGUUAACCAUCAACCCAGCUAAGCGAAUCACAGCUCAUGAAGCUCUGAAACAUCCAUGGGUCUGUCAACGUUCAACAGUGGCCUCCAUGAUGCAUAGACAGGAGACUGUAGAGUGUCUGAAAAAGUUCAAUGCCAGAAGGAAGCUCAAGGGUGCAAUUCUUACCACUAUGUUGGCAACAAGAAACUUUUCAGUGGGCAGACAGACCACCGCUCCUGCCACAAUGUCUGCAGCAGCCUCCGGUGCCACCAUCGGUUUGGUGGAGCAAGCAGCUAAGAGUUUACUGAACAAGAAAGCUGACGGAGUGAAGCCUCAAACAAACAGCACUAAAGGCAGUGCCGGGGUUACCAGCCCGAAAGGGACUCUUCCACCAGCUGCACUGGAACCUCAAACCACCGUUAUCCAUAACCCAGUGGACGGCAUUAAGGAAUCCUCCGACAGCACAAACACCACCAUAGAGGAUGAGGACACGAAAGUUAAGACUACUGACAGUGAGCUUGUAAAAAGCCAGUUGAAUCCAGGAUCUGCUCCUGAGCUUCUUCCCAGUCUGCAGACUUCUCCGAUACCCUCUACUGCUGCUGCUGCUGCUGCUGCUGCUGCUGCUUCACCCAAGCUCUCCGAUGUAUUGGGCAUGGUGAAAAGGGGAUCGGGGGUCCCAGAAGCUGAAGAGCCAAAGACUUCGAUCUCUCCACCCUGCAUAUCUCCAGCUGUUGCAAACCCUUUACCUCCCCAGCCUGCCAAGCUCUCUGAUGUUUUGAGUAUGGUGAAACAGGGCUCUGGGCCACCAGAAGCAGAAGAAGCAAAGCCUUCCAUCACUUUGCCCUUCCCACCUCUCGUUAUUGCAAAUCCUCUUCCUCUACAGUCUGCCAAACUGUCUGAUGUUUUAGGUAUGGUGAAAAGGGGGUCUGGGCCCCCAGAUGCUGAAGAGUCAAAGCCUUCCAUCACUCUGCCCAGCCCAUCUUCAGGGGUUGCAAAUCCUCUUCCUUUCCAGUCUGCUAAACUCUGUGAUGUGUUAGGACUGGUGAAAAAGGGCUCUGGGCUUCCAGAAGGUGAAGAGCCAAAGUCCUCCAUCACCCUUCCAUGCCCACCCGUUGUUGCCAACCCUCUUUCUCCCCAGUCCACCAAGUUGUCUGAUGUUCUAAGCAUGGUGAAACGAGGCUCUGCAGCCCCAGAAGCUGAGGGGCCACAGCCAGCUGACACUCAGCUUUUCCCACUUCCACUCAUCCCAAACCCUCUGCCUUCAGAUCCCCGCAAGCAGGAAAUCAUAAAGAUAACAGAGCAGCUGAUCGAGGCUGUGAACAAUGGCGACUUCGAGGCAUAUGCAAAAAUCUGUGAUCCAGGCCUAACUUCUUUCGAACCUGAAGCCUUGGGCAACCUUGUGGAAGGGAUGGAUUUCCACAGAUUUUACUUUGAAAACUUGUUAUCUAAGAACAACAAGCCCAUCCACACCACCAUCCUGAACCCUCACGUGCACGUCAUUGGAGAAGACGCUGCCUGCAUUGCCUACAUCCGCCUGACGCAAUACAUCGAUGGGCAGGGCCGUCCUCGCACUUGCCAGUCUGAGGAGACCCGCGUCUGGCACCGCCGUGAUGGCAAGUGGCAGAAUGUGCACUUCCACUGCUCAGGAGCACCUGUGGCACCACUCCAGUGAAGAGCUAACGCUAGAUGUUCUGGUUUCAUCUCGAAGGAGACGGUGAUUUGAGCUGAGCCGCUAGCCGGGAGCAGCGGUGACAAGCACGUGCCCGCAUGCUCGUGUCCCCCCCUUUCCCCUCCUCCCCUCCUUCAUUUCCAGUGCCUGUGUUUGCAAAAAACAAAACAAAAAAAACCCUAAUCUUAAAAAAAAAGAAAAUCCAACCAGACUUGAUUUUAAAAAAACAAACCAAAAAAAAAAAAAUCAGCAAACCCAGCCAAACCAACCUAACUGUCCAACUUGCAGCGUGGCCACACUGCGCCUCCCAAUUUCUUUGUGUCUGUCCGUCCGGCUGUUCAGGUGACCAGGUGUUGCAAUGAAAAAUGUCUCAACUUCAAACAAACAAGCAAGCAAAGCAAACAAACAAAAGACUCCACCUCCCUGUGUCGACCCCCGUGUUGAACGGUGUUAGUUUGUUAGGUGAAAAAAACAACAUAUAUAUAUACAUAUAUAUAUACAUAUAUAUAUAUAUAUAUAAAAAAAAACUCACAAAAAAACUUUUACAGUAUUUGCAUUCUCUGCCAAAGCAUGGGCCUUCUCCAGUGGUCGUGUUCGCGCUUGGAAGUCUGUGACCUGUGUUACCGUUUGUUUUUGCGGAGGAUGCUCUUCCUGAGCUUUCGGGCUGACCGUUUCUUUUCUCCUCUAGCUGUGGUUGUGGAUUAUGAUGAUGAUGAUUAUAAUUAUUCAGACUCUUUAUUUAUUUUGUUCUUUCGGCUAGGAGGUGAUCCUUUUGGGGGUGGGGUGGGGUCUUUGCUUUCUGGGCCCCUCCCGUGCUAACCCAGUGCCGGUGGCGUUCCCGGUGGCUGUUGGCUCUGGCCAGGCUGACGGAUUCAUUACACAAAGGAUAACAUAGCCUUAGAAAUAUAAAGAGGUCUCACUGCAGGUUUUUGAAUGUCUGGAUUCUCACUGGCGCUCACAUUUUCUAAGCAUCCCUGACCGUGACCUCUUGCCAAAGGGCUACCAACAAUGGUGUCGUCAGGCCUAUGCCCAUGCCAUGGCUUCAUGACGGAGGGGAGGGCUAUCCCUGUUAAUGGGGCCGGCUGGGACAGUGGUGACAGCUGGAUUAAAAAUCUUAAGGGGAGGAGGAGGGUUGACACUACUAAACCUCAUCCUCUUCCAGUUUUCAAAAACAGACUCCCCGCCUAGCAGGUGGGAGCAGCAAGUGCCUCACUGAAGGCAUUCUGUCGUCAUCUGCUUUCUAAAAGUCCAACCUGACUUUCUCCUUGGUCUUUCCCUUUGAGCAGAAACCUAUGUUCAUGUAAAAGAAGAAAAACAAACUCACUUCUGCUGCCUUUGGGGAUUUGCUCCAAGGUUUCAACAGCCUGGGAGGAGGAGGGCUGGUCAGCCAAGCUUGUACCUGGCAUUCCCUCCCUCCCUCUGCUUCUCAAGCCUGUGAAUUUGCUCACAAAAAGGAGGAGCUGAUUAGCAACAAACCCCGUGAAAAUUCCUCUAGAGGGAGAAAGGAAACCAGUUUGGACAGCUUCUGGAACUGACUCCACAGGUGACCCUAAAGAAGCCACGCCAAAGGGGGGGGAGCAUUCUUCAAUUGGACCAAGCCUUAGUGGAGAGAGAAGGGAGUGGGGUUGCUAUCUUUGUAUGGGCCAGUGCAAGCCAAACACUGUGGAGGUGCAGCCAUUACCAACUCAAGGAAAGACAAGGUAGAAACCACUCCCCUCUGCUUACUGUGCUUGCAUGGGGGGCAGCUGACAUUUGUUGAGCUGUACAAUGUAGAAAGUAUUGGGACGUUUGUUCUUAAAGAAGCUCCCCUCUUCUUAAUGGCCUCCCUUCCCCACACUUUCAUAUUCACAACGGAGACACGCACACACCCUGUUCAGCGUCUCACUGCCCAAACACUGCUCCUGCCUUUGGUUGAUAGCUUGGGGUAGGUUACAUCACUCGCCUUGGCCUUAGCCAUGUCUACAAGGAAAAAGUAUUAGAGGCCUGCAGCAUCGUGCCAUGAAAUUGGGAAAGUGCCCACUUACUUCUCCUGUCUCUGCUCAGCAUGCCAUAAGCAUCUUUCUUUGAUGGAUGUGAAAUCAUCACGCGAGCCACUGUUCACAGUGUGGGCUCUGGCCAGCAAAGACUUCAGUGCAAAGUAGAAUUGUUGCCACUGAGGGACGUAUACAAGAAAAGGUUUGAGCAUGGCGGUUUGGAAUAAAGAGAGAGGUAUUAUGGCGGGAGGGGGAGAACAUGAUGUUUAGAAUUAGGCAGUGGUACAAGGUGCUUUAGAAAUCCACACCUGUCAAAUCACGAGUGUGCUGGCUGAUCAUGAGUAAUGUUACAACUUUUUGGCACUCUUUUGUAGAGUGUUCUUGACCGUGCUGUUGGUUAGAUACAUGGGCUGUAAGUUUUAGGUCUGAGUAGAUUCAAGGGUAAUAUGGCUUCUUGUGAAAGGGGGUGAGGAGGAGGAAUCUUAUGUUACAGUUGUGGUUGGAGCUGGAAGGGCUGAACAUUAUGCCCAGAGAUAGUAAGGCAGAGAACACGGAUUCUUCUAGUUUGCAUUGUGGUGAGAUCAUCUGAGAAGGGCUGUAAUCUUUGAUUUCACCUGUGCCAUUUCCCACCUGGCCUUGAUUUACCUCUAUAUGUUGGAAUGCCUCCAUGUCUAUGCUUAAAUCAGCUUCCUCAGACUACUGAGCAAACCAUUUAGCUGGCAGAUGUCCAGAUGAUGCUUAGAGAAUAGUGAAAUAGUUCUUUCUAAAAAAAAUUUCAGAAACAGAUGUGUUUAGUGACUCACACUGGUCCCAACGUUCCAUCGCAUUGGGGUGUUAUGUAACUCAAAAGAGUGAGUGACUGCUAGCUUAUAAUGGAAACACAGGGCUGUGUCGCUGUUAUCCAGGUGGGUCUGUCAGGAGUGUAAGGCACUCUGACCACUAGACAACACUGCUUCCCCUUCAAGGUUUGCAAAGAAUCCAAACUCGCAAAUUUGGAACCCUUUAAUUAGGUUUGCAUAUGUGAGGGCAGGAGCAACAUCCUUGAGGGCACAAGGAUUGUCUUUCACCCAUGUAAUGUCUCUUGUCUCUAAUGGGACCUGUUUGCAUUGCCAAAGCAGGGCUGUGAUUCCUUAAGAUGUACCUUAGAUGUCUAAGAGUGUAUCUAAGAAGUUACAUGGGGCCUACUGGCAGGUAGUCUCAACUCAAAAACCUUGGGAAGGCAUUCCUGCUUCUGGAAAGGGCGAAGGUACCUGAUGAAAUGCGACUGCAAGAUUUUCUGGUUAUGUUUGGAUAGCUGAAGGGCAGAAAAUUCAGAAGUGAAUUUUCCUAAGUUGAUUAUCGAAGCCUGUUUUUGCAGUCUCCCAAUCACUAAGCAUUAUCUGACUUUGCCUAAUAAGCAUCAAUUACUUUGGUGAUUUUAUCUCCAAAUGUGUAUAUUGUGCAAAUUCAGCAUUAUUGUUUGGUUGUGGGUUUUUUAAAAAAAGAACCCAAGAGAAGAAAGCACAUAUGGAUGGGACAAGCAUGAAGAUCGUUACUGAGAUGAGAAAUGAAAUGGGAUAAGGAGUGCUGGAGCAGAAACACCAUUAGCCCCAGGUUUCUUUCGCUGUCCACGCAAUAGGUGGUUUGAAUCUCUGAACCAGAGUAUCGUCACCCAGCUACCACACAUUGUGAUCUACAUUCUGAUCAUUGCUUGUAUAGCUAGAAAAGAAGGAUCAGCAGAGGAGCGGGGUUGACCAUCAUGCUAAAACAGCAAUGGUUGUGGUAAAUGCAAACAAUAAGAAGUACAUUUUCAGUGAGGUACUUUCUGCUAUGCUUCCAGUUCGCCUGCCACCAGUGCUGAUCUCAGCAACAUCUGGAAGCAUUGUAAAAUAACAUAGGGCUAGAUGUAACAUUUUGGAGUUAAAGAACAAAGCUCUAGGUUAAAUAUCAGUUUCCUAUGCCUUGCCAUCCUGCCAUUUCUAUCAGCUACAGUUGGAGGAAAGGUUUUCGUGCUAACAUGCGUGCAUGACCAAUAUUCUGCUUGUAUGCAAUAACAGGCAACAGAACAAAUUUGCCAAAGGAAGUAACUGAUUUCCUAUCACGAAUCUUUUAUAAACUGGGUUGGGUAUAUAACGUGUGGUGGUGGUAGACCAGGGUUCCUUAAUCCAAUUUCAGUGCUUAGAAGCCAGUCCAUCUCUUAACAGACCACUGUUAACAGCUCCCUUUGGGAUGUUUUGAUGCACCUAAGAACUACUGUCUACAGAUCUCUAUAUGGGCAAUGUCCUGUGCGAAGGAGGCCUUAGUGGACUCUUUAAACAGAUGCAGUAGUUAGAAGCUCAGAAAAAAGGUUUUGGGACGAGCAGGUCAGCACAAAUUGGUCUUCCAUUAUUACCAUCACACACCAGACUGAUGAUCCUUGAGUUAAUCUCUGAUAGUUUCCUUGUGGAAAAGCAUCCACCUCAAGCAGUCUCUUGCUGGCACCACCAAGACCAUUUUUGUGUUUCACUUCACACAGGCGUCAUUAACAGGACAGGUACUGGUAAUGCAGAUUCAUCUUCCACCAGUGAUUUAGAUAAUGAAUGCUCAUCCAAAGAUUGCAAAAGGAAAUACAUUUUCAUGUAUUUAUUCCUGUAGAGAUUGCAACAUUGGCAAUGAACUGGGUAGACCUCUCACGCAAAGAAGCCAGUCUUCCUGUGGGAAACACAACCAGUUGGGUGACUCUUGGAAACUUCCUAAACAGUGAAGUCCCCUUCAAGGUGCUACAGUAAGAACAAAAAAAGUGCCCAAAUAACAGGUGUAGCCAAAUGAUCUUCCACCCAACACUCAAAGAACCUGUCUCCCAGUAACAUCUAGUAAAAAGAAAUGUGUAUACCAGGGCCUGAGUUUUCCCACUGCAUUUCACUGGCUGCCAUUUAUUGAUAGUGAGGAAAUGCUGAGAUGAUGGCAUACUUGCAUUUUUUAGUAUAUGUAAGGUAGGUUGGUGGUUACCGUACAGCAUCCCAAAAUAUAUUUGGGCCAUCAAAGUUUUCUAAUUCAUAUUGCUCCAUUCUUGGGGCUACUCCACCACCAACAAACCCAUAUUUCCCAUUUAAUUCCAAUUAGUGUUCACAAUCCAGCAACUCAAUAUACUGUCCACACAUAUAAAUUCAAGAAAUUACACCAUUCAUUUUUUUAAAAAAAGGCCACACAAUGCCAGAUUCCAUUUUAAUGUGCUAUAUGCCUCUUAGAACCGAUACCUUCCUCGUACUUUGGAAUAUAUACACUUAUGUCAUUUGAUCAGAUUUCUACCUUUUAUCCCCACCCUUCCAAAUGAAUAGACAGUAAGUAAAACUUGAAUUCCCUCUAUUCCAGUUCCUAAAACUCUUGCUAGAAGGGUCAGGAAGACUGGGCUAAUUAUAGGAAGCCCAUGUAACUGGCUUCAGGAUUACAUGCUUAAUAAGGGCAAAAUAUAGCAAGAUCAACAGCACAGCCACAGGGUCAAAAAAGCUUAUACAAAUGAAUGAAAGAAUCUUGCUGUUGAGCUGUAUCAUCAGGACUGGUAGACCUAGACAGUCCCUCAGCAACGUCAAGAGGUGGAUGCCAGGCUCUGUUGCACUGUUCCCACAGUGGCCUGGUUCAGCCAAAAUGGGAAUGCCUAAUUUCCCAUUAUGAGAAUGCAGUGUGGUGAGUCUCGGGUUUCUCCCCUCUGUGCCUGAGUGGAGAGUGAAAGCUUCCAGAUUUGCUUUUGAACCAACCAGUUUCUCAUUACAUCCAAACUUGGGGGAAACAUGGUUUAUUCUAACUGGUUGUUUUUUUUAAAAAAGAAAAAAGACCAGGCAACCAAACAACAGUUUGAUUCUGGUCUAACUAGCCUCAGUCAGAACAAACCAGUUCCCUGAGGACUGUAUGAGCAUGAGGCUUGUCACAGUACAUUCUCAUUAAUGUGAAGUCGUGGGUUUCCUGUUGCAUCUGAACCAGGUGACUGUCUCACUCGUGCUUUAGCUGGUUAUUAGAGAGCCAGUGUGGUGUAGUGGUUAGAUUGUUGGACUACGGCCUGGGAGAGCAGGGUUCAAAUCCCCACACAGCCAUAAAGCUCACUGGAUGACCUUGGGUCAGUCACUGCCUAUCCGCCUCAGAGGAAGGCAAUGGUGAACCACCUCUGAAUACUGCUUACCAUGAAAACUCUAUUCACAGGGUCGCCAUAAGUCAGGAUCGACUUGAAGGCAGGCCAUUUCCAUUUUUCAUGAAGUAGCCCUGCAUGGUCUUUAGCUGCUACUAUUAGAUAGAAGUAAUCACCAGCGGGCAGUAGAGUAAAAAUAUGAAUGCUCUAUCCCACUUCCAUGCUUCAAACCAUCUUUACCUUAAUUCCAGAUUUGCACCCCUCUGAAAAUUCCACACAACCCACACUCCAGCCUGCAUCAGCCUUUCUUUUCACCAUUCUAUGGUUUACCAGUUGCUAAAAAUUAAAAGAAACAGCAUGUAACCAUCUGCUGAAAAAAUGGGCGUCUCAUUUUGUGUGUAAACAAGUUGCAAAUAUAACAGCAGUUAUGAGUAUGUCUGGUCUCACUUUGUAUCUUAAGGGUGUAAGUGAGAAGAUCUCUAACACUCUUGCAGUGUUGGGUGAUCAAUCUGUGCCUUCAGUAAAGGAUGGAGUAUUGAAAACUGAUGUGUGACAUACAUAUUGAGAAACCUGACCAGCCCAUAGAUUCAUUCCACAGGAACUGCCACUUAAGCAGGGGUGGUGCUCUGUUUACCCUUCCUCACUUCUGAUCAUCUGAGAGUAUGCUGCUGUAAUUUGAAUCUAUCAUUUGUGACAGAACAGGAAACAAUAUACAUGACUUGUUGCAUACAUUAUUUUCUAUGGCUAAACAUGCCAGAGUCUGCAAGUAGGGCUUUGCUGUGUUGCACUUGUAUCCGAAUACAAUACACAAAUCUUUGCAUUUAGAAUGGGCUGUGGCUCAGUGGUAGAGCAUCAGCUUUGUGUGUAGAAGGUUCUAGACGCAAUCCCUGGCAUCUCUAGGUAGGCUGACUCUUUGUCUGAAACCCACAGAGCCACUUUCACUCACUGUAGACAGUAAAUGGACCAAUAGUCUGAUUGCAAAUAAAGCCCUUUCCUAUGGUCUUUUCUUAUAAGUAGAAGGCCAUGUUUAUGUUACCUGGACUCAGUGGCUCACACAUCAGAGCUGGUUUAAUUGCAUGCACACAUAGGGAAGGAAGAUCAGCUAGGAUGGCCAGACACAAACUCCUACUCCUACUCCUUUAAUAGUUGUGUAGAUGAGGGACUCUCACCAUGUGCAACUUUUUACGCAAGCUACACCUGCUCAAAUUGCCUCAUCUACACAACUGUUAAAAGGUGCAGGAGCCCUGUCAUCUUUUGCAUCUGGCUACCCUAAGAUCAGAUGAGACUUUUAACAGUUAAACCCUUAACAAUACAAACCCAGUUGGUUUGGCUCUGCACUGUAGGUAUUAUUUCAGGUUAUACUGAGGAGAAACAUAAGAGUUCCUGAAUUCAGUACUUGAGAGGGAAGCUGUGCACUUGGAUAAGAAUGCCAGCUUUUUGUUUUUCCCCACGUAGCAGUGAAAACCUUUUGGCCAAGGAAGAUAAACAGGUGUUUCUGGUAGAUUGGACCAAUUUUUGAGCAAGACGGAAGCUUUUCUGGGGGGGGGGGGUUGGAAAGAUAAGUUUGACCCUGGAAAGAGAAGUUGGGGUUUAUGAUACUGAAGAAAAUGCUAGCAGAGCUAAGAUUGUACUGUGACGUUUACAAUGCCUUUAAGCAAAGAGUACUUACUGCAGAGGCUAUAGCCAUUUCAUGUGCGUGUUCCAAGAGGUUGGUUCUAGUGCCAUUUCUGCAAUGCAGUCAUGGUUCUAAUUUUAUGUUUGUACCUUCACUCUUUCACUUCCAAAAUUGUUUUACUGCACCUGACCAUGGCUGGUGUACAAAAUUGAAUGAAGACUGUAUAUCAUCUGUGAGGAAGAUUCUUAGCAUCCCCUCCCCCCCCUUAAAGUACCAUUCUCACCUUAAUCUCCAGCAAUUCUCUUAUUACUCAUAUCUAUGCUUGACAUAUUUCACUGAACUAAAUGCUGUAGAGCCAGUAGCUUUGUGUUAGUUCUCUGUUCUAAGUCUAUAGGUUAUCUGCGUCCAACAAACAGAAUUAUAGCAUGCAUAGUUUUCUCAGCAGUUUGCAGAGGGGAGGAUGAUAAGCACUGCAAGGGGAUGUGGCCUAUUGCACGCCUGUUAUCAGACAUUCCUAAGCAAGUCAAUGUCCCUGGAUGACACAAAGUGUGUGACAUGCACACCGGUAUCCAAGAGCUGUCCACAAUAAGCAAAGUAUUUUUUUAAAAAAAAACAACUUCAAACAGAUCAUGAAUAGGGAAUGAUAGCAGGGAAGAUCCCUGCUAGCCUUUUGCAGAGACUGACAGAAAACACCUUCAGUGCAAGAUUCAAAUCAUGGUAAAGCAGCUGCACAUUUGGCAAUGCAAGCUUCAUUUCUGAGACGGCAACAAGCCAGCAUCUUCACUGGGGGCACAGGAAGGGAGGGAGGUGCUCAAAGCAUAGUGCCUUGUGGCUAGCCUGUGGUUAGAUAAUGGUCAUCCAAACCUUAUAUCAUAUGUAAUGAACCAUCUUUGCACAUUUGUUUCUUAAUCCAUCUGGAGCUGCUAUGCCAGCUCUAAGAAGCUGCUUGAGCUCAAUAGACACGAGUCCUGUAUAUUACUAUUAGUGAGGGCCCAGGUUGCCUUGUACAGUUGAUAGGGAAUUAGGGGGUCUUCCAGAAUAUCUCUGCUAGGAUUAUGAAUUAGUGAGGCAAGACUGGGAUCAUCCAUUCAUUCCACUGCUAAGAAGUAAAGAGGGAGCUCCUCAGUAACUUAGAAACACAGUGGAUUCUGUCUUGGGUGGAGAGAAAGUUCUAUGGCAUUCAAGUGUGGCCUUUGUCCAGGUGCUCCUACAAGGCCAUCCCUAUCACUUCAAUGCAGCGCUUUGCAUGGCUAAUGAAUGUAAGGGCAAUUGGACCAAGCAAGACGGAAUGACUGAACGGGUGGGAGAGGGGGAGGGAGGACAGGGAGUGGGCAGCAGUGUGUGGGGGGGGUCCCACCAGCACUGACACAGCAUUGAAAGCACUUUAUACUAAGAGAUUACUCUCUUAUUCCUGCCCUGUCUCAGGACCAGGCUUUGCACUGCACCACCAUACCCCUUGGAGAAGAGUUCAGAGGAGCUCAAGGGUGCAGGACGUGUUGUUAAAUAAUGCUCCUCUUUCUCAAUGGGGCUUCGAAGAGGAAGCUCCCUUGUAGCUUUCUCCUCCCCAACCCAGUUGUGUCCUCUCUGCACAGGGCAAGGGAUGCUACGGAGAAUAAUGCAGACUACUGGGGCUUAGGUCAAAAAAUGUUUCUCUCUUCUGACUUCAUGCUCACAUUCUAAGCUUAAGGUGGCUCAUGCUCGGCCCGCUGCCUUUUCACACCCACCUGGGGGAGGAAGUGCUUCCAUGACAGGAACAUCCAGCACAUACCAGGGAGGAGAUAACGUUUAAAGCCAACACAUUCUGACUGACUUGCCUUUCUCUCAGAGCACCUUUAUUUCUGCAUUUCUUUUCAGGGGAGGGGUUGGAAAUAGGGAGGUGGGUACUGGAUUAAACAUGCAAGGAAAGUGAGAAUUCACAUGUGGGGACAUACUAUGCUUCUAUGUUUUCUGUGGAAGACAAACUUGAGAAGUGUCUCUACAUCCAUGUAUAUGAAAAAAAAUUACGAGCCGCAUGUAGAAACAGGUGUUUCAUUAUUAAAAAAUUAAUGUACUGGGGCCUCCUCCUCCCCUUUGCUGUUCACCUUGUUUACUAUGGAACUAAGUGCGUUGCUGGGGGUAUUUUUGGAUUGGGGCAGGGGGUUGUAUUUUCUUUUGCAUGACCUUUAAAGAGAAAAAAAAUAUAUAUAUCUAUAUCUAUGAGAACUAAAAGCAAAGCUGAGCUGUUAAGUCUGUCCCAUGAAUGCUGGUGGAUCUUUUCCUCUUUCUGACUUAACUCUCCCUUUCUUUUUCUUGCCAUUUCACUGUCUUUUCUUUCUGAGCCUUGCAAGUGUAAAAAUGAUUCCGACUUUGUUUUUGUUUCGGGAAACUGCAAAUAAAAAAACCACAAAAAGGGACAACAUAA